CGGUCAUCAACUUUCCUCGCCGGUCAUCAACUUUCAUGGCCGGUCGUCAACUUUCCUCGCCGGUCGUCAACUUUCCUCGCCGGUCGUCAACUUUCCUCGCCGGUCGUCAACUUUCCUCGCCGGUCGUCAACUUUCCUCGCCGGUCGUCAACUUUCCUCGCCGGUCGUCAACUUUCCUCGCCGGUCGUCAACUUUCCUUUUCCUCGCCGGGUGUCAACCUUCCUCGCCGGGUGUCAACCUUCCUCGCCGGCGUCACCUUUCCUCGCCGGCGUCACCUUUCCUCGCCGGCGUCAACUUUCCCCGUCACGACCGGAACUCCACGAGUUGACGACCUCCAUUACCCGUAAGGCACGCGAGCAUUGGUUCUCUCAUACUCGAGCACUCAUUGCCAACACCACACCUCAUCAGAUCCUACUCGUGCAACAUUUUCCCUGCACUGUCUCCAAUCGCAGGGCAGAUUUGUCGAGUCCACCCUCCGCCGAAAGAUCCGCCAAUGCAGACACCUAGGAUCAAGAUCGCGCCGAUUCCCGACCGCUCGGCUCGGCAGCGACUACCUUUUCGGCAGGGCCAUCGGCAAGCUCAGGCUUGAAAGUCAAGAUUCCUACCCCGGUCCCGGUGCAAUGCGGCAUAAUCAAUGGCAAGCGAGACUCGGAGGAAUGAAGCAAGAAGGGUCCUUGAUGUAGUUCAAGCCCAGCAGAUCAGGGUGAAGAGCUUGGACACCUGUACUACCCUACCUUGGGCGCUGGAUUACGAUUCUCGGCCAUGGACAUACACACAUGGACCUUCAGUCUCCAAUUCGAAGAUGCAGUCCACAUCUCCGGCGGCAUUUCCAACGUCGCUUCCCUAGGCGACUCAUCUGGAGCGUCAUCCGCCGUCGAGCUGCACACCCUGGCAAGCGCAUGCGCCGAGCAGCUGCGCGCGCAAGCUCAUCGAAAAGACACGAGUUGAAGAGGGUACACUGCUUCUUUCAUUCCACCCACCCGCACAAGGCAUCGCAAUUCUCUUUCAGCCAUCACGGACCCCGGUACGACCAGCGGCCAGCGACAAGGGUCUUCUGCACCAUACACAACUGUCCCAAUCGAUUCUGCUCGCCCAGGCCGAACACGCGGGCUGAUCGUCGGGGAUGCGCGAAUGUGCGGAAGGAAGACGGUCCGAAGGAGGGCCGCGAGGAAGAGACGCUGAACAGGGAAGGUCGGAAGCGGGACGGAAGUGAGGAGGCGAGCCAUCGGCUGGAGAGAAGAACUACCAAAAGUGGUGGAGUCAACGAUGAUCGGAAGAGGUAGGAGGAGGACAAAGGCGUGGGCGAAGCAGGUGGCAUCAGGUGGAAUGGGCGGUGAAGCAGAGGAGUGGAGGUUCAGAUAUAGAUGGAGCGUAUUAUCUCUCGGCGGCGAUCAUCGCGAACAUGGGGCGAGGGCGGAUGAUCCGCUUGCAAUCGAGGUCCAGAUUGCAAUACCCUCCCUCCCGUCCCACCCAGCGUGAUCGUGUCGAGAAGCUCCUCUUAUUAUCCUAGCUGACAGAUGAGGACGAAGACACAACACACACUAAUACAGCGCCUCACUUCCUAGACACGACAUCCGCCGAGAACGCGCCUCACUUUUCAGUCGACUCGGACAUUACGACAACUCGCUCUGGCUACCCACGCCGCCGUGCGGACUCGAAAACCCCUUACGCCCACUGCCACGGGAAGCGAGGAGAGCAAGGAGUCGCAAGCAUGCUCGGUUGCAGUAACACCCUCAACGGAUGGUGUGCAGACGGACCAUCACUAGUAAGCACCGCCUCGUAUGCGUCCUGCAUUUC